AGGACGGACCGGAGGACGGACAAGAGGACUGGAGGACUGGAGGCGUCCCGGGGAGGAUUCUGGGAGAAGAAAUCACAACAUGUUGAGCAUUUCAACACAACUUGAAGUAUUAUUCAACGCGAGUUACAUUACGUAACAUUUCAGCGUCGUCCUGCAGCCCAGUGGUGAUUUAGACUCUUCUUAUGGUGCUCAGAGAGGAACACAUGACUGUACUGUCUGCGUUCAGGAGGACACGAUGAGGAGCUGCACACGGCAACACUAGCUGUUCUGUGAUUGGCUGAUCGCUGACAUCAGUAUCAAGAUGGCCCACCUCUUCCUCGCCAGUAAGAUCGCCAUGCCGGAUGACCUCCACUCCAAAGGCGGCGCCAGGAUCCCCAGGAGCGCCAUCAGGAUGCCGACAUCAAUCUCCGCCGAGAAGCUGAGCCGGGACAAGGCCAGGAAGGACUGCGGCGACGUUGUUGUGACGAAGCACGUCCCGCACAUCAACGAGGUCCAGCUGACGGCGGUCACCGGCGGCGCCGAGAUGUCCUGCUACCGCUGCACCGUGCCGUUUGGCGUGGUGGUCCUCAUUGCCGGCAUCGUGGUCACGGUUGUGGCGUACACCUUUAACUCCCACGGGUCCACCAUCUCGGUGCUUGGGCUGGUGCUGCUGUCUGCUGGACUGGGCCUGCUGGGAUCCAGCGCCGUCUGCUGGAGGGUCCGACUAAGGAAGAAGAAGGACAAACGGCGGGAGAGCCAGACCGCCCUCAUGGCCAGCCAGGGAUACUGCGUGGCCUGAUUGCAAUUAACGUCACGCUGGUGGUUCAGAUGGUUAACUUCAGGAGACAAUAAACCUGAACGCACCACGCUAACUGGACGGAAUUUUGCAUAUCGUAAAGAGGUGGAGCUUGUACUCGCUGGAGGCGGUGACGACUCUGCAGACGCCGUAAAGGACGAGAGGCUGUGAUGGUCAAAGUUAAGGACGAGUAUCUGGACACAUUGAGCCUGCAGGAUGAUUCAGCACAAGUAAUAAUGCAUUUCGGAGGCUUUAAACUCCAGACUGGAGGUGCUGGACGAUGGACAGAGACUUAUAAAGCUCUAAAGAGGAGACGAGGAGUUCAAUAAUCGAUUCUUCAGACAAUUUAUAGACUCAACGAACUGAUCAGCCCAGUCGCACAGCAGUUUGUGAAAUAGUCACAACAUCUUUUAUUUGAUUUUUUUCGUGAUGGUCAGCAUGAAAUCAAUUUGUAUGUAAUCCACAUAAUCGUGAACCAGGAAGUAUAAAGAGCGGCGAACGCCGUGUAGGUCGGAGGUCGGGGUGGAGGGGCGGGUCUAAAAACACCAGACCGCCACCAGGAGACCACUAUGGUGCCCCGUGUGAGGCCAGAAGUCAAGGUUGAUUUAUUUAUCACUUAACUUCUGUUCUUAUGUUUACACCACUUCUGGAGUUAUUUUAACCCAACCACUAACUUGUCCUAAACCUAACUAAGUAGUUUUAUUUUGAAAUUGCUGCUGUUGCUGUUGCUGGACAUUCGUAGGAAAACGCACAAAAAAUACAUUUUUGAAAGUUUUGCUGGGUGCCACGAAAAAAAAGGGAAGUUUGUGUCAAAUAGAUAAAAAAUCAUGACUAUUUCAUGAACUGCCGUGAGACUGAGUUGAACUAAUUCAUCAAAAAACAGAUUAUCUGAUAAUAAAGAUGUUGAGUUGAAGCCCACCAAAGAAGAUGUACAGUAUCUCCACAUACAAGCUGCGAAUAAGCUAUAAAAGAAAAGGUACUCUGUUGUUGAUGUUUCUUCAUCUCUGAUAAACCCCACCUGUGAACUCAACGGUUCGUACGUUACUCUCGCGUUCCUCUGGGUGAAAACGCUUGAUUUAAACGUUUGUUUCUCCGUCUGAAAACAUCUAGAAGACGUCCUGAGAAUACCUUUAAAGACACGACUCAGCUGAAUAAAAACAGCAACGCAGCGUGACGUUCUGACUACUGAACUCACAGACGAGUUGAUCUGAUCUGCAUGCCUCUCUGUAUGUUUAAACUAGUGCACUAUGAUCCUAAUGUCAUGUAUUCCACCGUAUUAAAGCGUUCACAUGUCGCUGUUUAACUGUUUAUCUGAUGGUUAAUCUGCAACUUUCUUUUUAUUUAUUCCGUGUCAGUAGACGUAGUGAAACAUAUUUCAUCUAUUAAACUCAAGAUUUAAGUGCCAA